UUUUGCGUUUGCUACUUUAUCUGUCCAAUAACUCUUCAAAAAGUAUGUUUUCAGGGGUUCCGCUUUCCUUUCAGUGUCGUUCUGAAUAACUGUUUAUAAGUGAAUUACUUCUCAGGACAUUUAAAACCUGCCGUUUUAUCAGACCUGCCAAGUUCCCCGACCGUACUGAUUAAUUACUGAACACAGGUCUGUGGAACAGAGCAAAUGUUUGUCUAGUCCAGCAGGUGGCGAUAGCGCACCUUUACGCUGGUCACGGACCACCGGAAGCAGCAGAAACCGGAAGCUGCUAGCAGAGCUAGCUUGUUGUUGUUGUGGUGUGUGAGGAGAAGAUUUGAGGCUCUGCAGUAAAAAUGUCUUCACUUCAGUCUCUGGGAGAGUUGAUCAGCUAAAGCGACUAACUGCUGCUGCUGCAGAAAUCUUCUCACCAGGCUGUGGAAACUUUCUUCUCCUCCUCAACAACUUGGUGGAGUUCUUUCCAGAAGCAGAGAAGCUAUUCUGCGGUCUUCGUGACAAUCGGAGCUCCAGAAGCAGGUGAUGGGUGAGAAAAGCUUUUCUCUAGACUUCCUGCCCUCUGGAUCUGCUGCUGUUCCUUUGGCCUCUCUGAGAAACGCGCUCGUUUUGCUGCUUUCAUCAGAUUGAAGAGGUUCCCUCUAUCAGACUCGCUCAUCUGAGUUGGUCAUGAUGCAGGAUCGCUGCUCGCUCUCUCAUCCAUCCUGCUCACACUCUCCGACGGAAAAGGCCCGAAUCUGAAUGUGACUCUGGAGGAAAAAGCGGUUAGCUCUACUCCGUGAACUCUGCUGUUAGCUAAACACGGCUAAAGAAAACCUGCUACCACUUCAGGAUCAUCCAUCAGCUGGGACUGCUUCAUCAGCAUGGACACAGAUGUUCAACAGCUGGUGCUGGUUAAAGAAGGAGCUCCUGAUGAGGACCAGCAGGACUCGGAACACCUCCACAUAAAGGAGGAACAGGAGGAACUCUGGACCAGUCUGGAGGCAGAAUAUCUCCAUUUUAAGGAGGAGACUGAUGCUGCCAGGUUUCCAGUCACUGCAGUUUCUAUAAAGAGUGAGGAUGAUGAAGAGAAACCUCUGAUCUCACAGCUUCAUCAGCAGCAACUAGAAGACAGAGAUGUUCCAACCAGCAGCUCAGCUGACCAGAUGGCAGCAGAAACUAGUGGAGGAGCAGAGAGUAGCAGGAUCCCAGAUCUGAACCCUCCUGAACAGACUUAUAAUUCUUCAGAGACUGAAGUUAGUGGAGAUGAUGAAGAGGAUGAUGAUGUAAAUCUAGACUCUGAGCUGUCAGACUCUGGGUCUGAAACUGGAGACGAAUACAAUGACUGGAAUGAGAGCAGGUCUUCUGAUUCAGAUGGUAGGACUGGUAACAAAUCCUUUAGCUGCCCUGAGUGUGGUAAACAGUUUCUCCACCAGUGUUCUCUCCAGAAACAUGUGAGCGUGACCGGUCAUUCAGUAAUAAGGUCUUCAGGCUGUUUGGUUGGUAAAAAGUGUGUUAGAAUGAAGCAACAUGCAGACCCAGGCAGGAAAGCCCAGGAAGAGCUCAAAUCAUUUAGUUGUGACAACUGUGGAAAAAUAUUUAGAACAAUAUCAUAUUUAAAUAAACACACGAAAGUCCACACAGGACAGAAACCUUUUGCCUGUGAGCACUGUGGUCAAAAAUUUGGCCGAAAGGCAACUUUAGACAAUCACAUGCGAGUCCACACAGGAGAGAAACCUUUUGCCUGUGAGCUCUGCGAUCAAAGAUUUGGCCGUAAGGAUACGUUAAAUAAUCACAUGAGAGUUCACACAGGACAGAAGCCUUUUGCCUGUAAGCUCUGUGGUCAAAGAUUUAGCCAUAAGGUAACUUUAAACAGACACAUAAUAGCCCACACCCUCCAGAAGUAUUUUGCCUGUGAGCGAUGUGGACAAAAAUUUAGUCAUAAGAAAUAUUUAAAUAAUCACAUGAAAGUCCACACAGGACACAAUGAACAGGAGGCCGGUCAUUCAGUAAUAAGGUCUUCAGGCUAUUUGGUUGGUAAAAAGUGUGUUACAAUGAAGCAACAUGCAGACCCAGGCAGGAAAGCCCAGAAAGAACUCAAAUCAUUUAGUUGUGAACACUGUGGAAAAAUAUUUAGAACAAUAUCAUAUUUAAAUAAACACACGAAAGUCCACACAGGACAGAAACCUUUUGUCUGUGAGCUCUGUGGACAAAGAUUUCGCGAAAAGAACACGUUAAACAUUCACAUGAGAGUCCACACAGGACAGAAACCUUUUGUCUGUGAGCUCUGCGGACAAAGAUUUAGCCAAAAGAACACGUUAAACAUUCACAUGAGAGUCCACACAGGACAGAAACCUUUUGUCUGUGAGCUCUGCGGACAAAGAUUUAGCCAAAAGAACACGUUAAAAAGGCACGCGAGUGUCCACACAGGACAGAAACCUUUUGCCUGUGAGUUAUGUGGUCAAAGAUUUAGCUGUAAGAGAAAUUUUAACGAUCACAUGAGAGUCCACACAGGACAGAGGCCUUUUGUGUGUGAGCUCUGCGGACAAAGAUUUAGCCUAAAGAACACAUUAAAAAGGCACACGAGAGUCCACACAGGACAGAAACCGUUUGUCUGUGAGCUCUGCGGGCAAAGAUUUAGCCAAAAGAACACUUUAAAAAGGCACGUGAUUGUCCACACAGGACAGAAACCUUUUGCCUGUGAGUUAUGUGGUCAAAGAUUUAGCCGUAAGAAUACUUUAAAGGAUCACAUGAGAGUCCACACAGGACAGAAACCUUUUGCCUGUGAGUUAUGUGGUCAAAGAUUUAGCCAUAAGAAAACUUUAAAGGAUCACAUGAGAGUCCACACAUGACAGAAGCCUUUUGCCUGUGACUACUGUGGUCAAAAAUUUGGCCGAGAGGCAACUUUAGACAAUCACAUGAGAGAAACCUUUUGCCUGUUAGCUAUGCGAUCAAAAAUUUGGCCGUAAGGAUACUUUAAAUAAUCACAUGAGAGUUCACACAGGAGAGAAGCCUUUUGCCUGUGAGCUCUGGUCAAAGAUUUAGCCAUAAGGUAACUUUAAACAGACACAUAAUAGCCCACACCCUCCAGAAGUCCUUUGCCUGUGAGCGAUGUGGACAAAAAUUUAGUCAUAAGGCAUAUUUAAAUAAUCACAUGAAAGUCCACACAGGACACAAUGAACAGGAGCCACAAAGGUGUGGUUCACUGAAAAAACAAUAUUUAUUGAUUAUUUCUGGUAAUAAUUGGUCACAGUUUUUCAUGCAGGCUGAAAAUGGAAAUAACCUCCUACACAUAUCUCCUGCAUUAGCUUCUGAUAAAAAUGUAGAAAAUAGACAGUGAAACUCUAGGAUUUGAAAUCCCCUCGAGAUCUACAUCGCACUGAUGUAGAGUUAGACUACAGAUGUGUUUUGGUUUUAAUUAUGAUCAAUAAGAUGUGAUGAUUCUAUAUAAAUAUAGAGUAUCAUCCUUAUUGAUCUUUGAAUGUUUAACCAGAAGAAUUAGGAUUAUUUGUUUAUUCAGGGAUCACAACACACUUCGUAUUAAUUCAGAGAGAGUCAAGUUUAUAAAAAGUAAAUUUUAUUUUCUAAACAAUUGAAAACAUGACAACUAGGAAACACUUUAUGUGAUGAAUGAAUCUAAGUGGAUGGAAUGUGAGGUGUGAUGAUGUGUGAAUGUGAUGUUGUCAGAACCGUCGUAUCUGAAGAAACUGAGUUCUGAGUGGGAGUGAAUUUGGUCUGCUACAAACUAUAAGUGGUGGUUAAUAAAACCACAUCAGACGCAAUGUGUCGUGCCUACGUACCCUCUCAAAGACCGUCGUGGUAGAUCCGUAAUGUGUUGAAGUCCGGGGACCCCAAAGGUACUGAAGUCCGUUGGAGAAACAGCAGCACCACUUGACCAGUCUUAGAGUUGUCUCCAGGUCACAACAGGUACUUAUUUGCGUCUAUGGAAAGACUCUUAAGGAGUUGGAGCUGUGUCAGCUUUAUUCUGAAGGAACCGUUGGCGGUCAGCUGUAGCGCGCAACAGGUUUUGGCAGCUUGUCAAAAGAUGCAAUGGCCAUAGUCCAGAGUUAGCUCAACUGACUCACGGUGAAGCGAGUUCUGUGUUAAUAAUUGCCAUGUUUUGACUUAGUGACAAAUCAGAAUUUGACAUGUAAAUGGGUUUUGCCAACAAACCUCAGAAACCAUACCUUGCUCAGAUACAAGAGUUCUGAUUUGUGGAAAAGAAAGCAAUGUGUCAGGAUAUUAACUAAACCUUGUCAUCGUCACGUGUCUGAGUGUGUGAGCUGUCAGUAGAUAGUGUAGCAUCACGGAAGGUCCUCUAAUUUGUGGCAAAAGUCACAUUUACCCAGCUGGGUCAAGCUGGGUCAAACAGUACUUUUAAAUCCACAGAUUAACCAAGGAGCCAUGAUGUCUGGAAGAACAUAUCACCAUAUCUGCUGCUGUUCCGUCCCAGAAGAAGGACACUUCAAGUUCACGAUAAUAAUUAAAUAAUAAUAUUAAUAAACUCUUUGAUUUUA